UGUGUUAAUUAUGACAAAGACUAUAUUAAGAGAGUGGACAACACUGCAAUUCAACUGCCAUACACUACAACUGGAACACUCCUGCCUCCCCUAGACUGCCUUCUGAUUCAAACGAUUAACCUUCGUAUUUCAACAUGAAGUUCCUCAUCCUCUUUGGUCUUCUUGCUGUUGUAUUUGGCAUACACUCACCUUAUUUCAGCGUAAGCCCCGAAGCUAUUCGCCAAGGGUUCGUCGCAGUUGACUUUAACCACGAUGGCUUUAUGACGCUGAAUGAGGUGCAAGAAUUUAGUAAAAAACGCGAUCUGAAUGGCGAUGGUUUUGUGAGCUAUACAGAAUAUAAACUUAGUCAACCACAAAAAACUCCUAACAGAAUCGUCAGAGGACAGUUCAAGUACUACGACAAACUGGAUGGCGAGAUCGACGACAAAAUUUCUCCCUCGGGUGAUGUUAACUUGAUGAACAUCUUGGACACUAAUAAAAACGGCGAGGUCACACUUGAAGAAUUUGAAGAGAACAUGCCGAAAAUUGUAAACGGCAUUAUUAAGGAAAUAGAUGCCUUAGUUCUGAUUGGCUGACUAAACUUGAAGAAACUGAAAAAAAAUGAUUUCGGAGGUACACGAUGCUGUUCUGAACUUUACCGCCAUUCAUUCUUGCUGACGGAUUUUACAAUAAGCUACUAUCAACAAUCACAGGUGGCCUCAGUCUUUUCAUCUACCUUUGUAGUACACAACACAGAGGAUACGAUACUAUGACUUCCAGGCGUAUUCUUGUAUUGUGUGUAAUGUACUAAGGGGAUUAUAAAGAUUCUGCAAGAACAAAA